AUGACUACAAAUUUGGGACCUAAGUUAAAGUUUGUGAUGCCUACAAAAAAGUCUAUUUCAUUGGAGGAUAUUUUUGAAGUGAAUUUCGAUCUUGAAUAGAAAUAAUGGAACAAUUCUAAGAUGGAACGGAAAGUAAGUUUUGCUGCUUCAACUCUUGUAUUUCUCAGAUACUCAGAAGAAGAAAUACUUCAUUUUAGACAAAGAUUGAAAUCAUAAAUACAUAGUAGUAUAGAGUUGAUUGAGUCUUCAUAUUUAAAUCCGUAGUUAUGUAGUCCAGGGAAAUAAAACAGAAAGAAGUCCUGCUUCAAGGAAAACGAUGAACAAUUCAACUGA